AUGCCGACUGCCCAUGCCUUCCUGCUCGCCUUCUGCAUCGGCAUCAUUACCUUCAGCUAUGCUGCUGGGGAUACUGAUCCAUGUUCGAAAGGCAACUGGAGCGACUGGUACGGAAACAAACAGGAUUGUUCCAACAAAGGGUUGCUGGAUCAGGCAUACGCGUGCCCCGGCCUGGAAUUCAUAACCGACAUGCAGAUCAAGCUCAACAGUGACCGAACGGUGUUAGUCGCUUCUGCAAUCUUUGCAGUGUCUGCGAUCUUCAUCAAGUACCAUUUGGACAAGCGCUUUGAGCGCUUCAGGGGCCAGUUGCAGGGUGCCGGCAGAAUGAAGGAUUCCUCAGCUGCCAGUGCUGAUGUCGAGCGCGGUGAAGCUGCAGGAUGUAGCAGUGCCGAUGCAGAUCAGGGCGUUGUGCAGGAUGCCAAGUGA